ACAUGACCAAGUUCAUCAUGAGCAACUCAAGUCUUCACCUUCUCAAGCUUCAAAGCUUUCUCUGCUUUCCAAAUCCAGGUCCUUUGAAUUCCUUCUCUUCUUCUUUUGUCAUUUGAGAAUAUAUAAGACCAUGGGUUUCCGGUUGCCUGCAAUUGUUAAUGCAAAGAGAAGUCUCAUUCGAUCUCUAUCUAGUUCAAGCCAGACAGCAGAUUCAAAGACUUUAGAUAUCCCAAAAGGCUACUUUGCAGUCUAUGUUGGAGAGAGCCAGAAGAAGCGGUUUGUGAUUCCGAUAUCAUAUUUGAAUGAGCCUUUAUUCCUGGAUUUGUUGAGUCAAGCUGAAGAAGAAUUCGGAUAUGAUCAUCCUAUGGGAGGUAUCACAAUCCCCUGCAGUGAAAACACCUUCCUUGAUCUCACUUCCCGCUUAAGUGUGUGAGUGAACGCGAAUCGGUCAUCCUUUCUAUCCGAACCAUCCUCAUUUCAGAGUUCACUGAGCCAAGAUGAAAGAAUUUGGAUAUGAUCAUAUCCAAAGCAUCCUCAUUUCAGAACUCACUGAGUUGGGAUGAAGAAGAGGCUACCACUGAUCAUCCAUGGAAUCAACUCACAUCUUGUGGUGAAAGCAAACCUUCUCAAAUCCUGAAGCUGCUUCUGGGCUGAGCAGAAACAUAGAAAUUUAUGACGCAGACAAGUGAUGAUAUCAUGAACUCCCUAGAACCAUUGGUCCAAAUAUCAUCCCCCCACCCAAAGGCAGUCAAAUUCUGUCUUUCAAACCUACGUAAACUUCUUUGUUGUUCUCCAGGAGCAA